AAUGACAUCAGAGACUGCAGCACGCAGCGUGGUGCCACCUCGGAGAGUCUGCGUGUGGACGCCCCUGGCUCCUCCCACAUGUCAAGUCACAGCGGGGAGCUGCGCAUCCUGAGCGUCUACGGACAAGGGGAGGGCCCACUGGCGGUGGACGGCCAUGACACCCUCUUUGCCGCGUCAGAACUGGAGGCCUUGAGCUCGCUGUCCGCUGACCACAGCGUGACCAAGAGCCUGAACUGCAGCGUGCAGCUCGUCUGCCUUGAGGAGCUGACUGGGCAUCAGGGCGGCCGCAAGGGCCGGCCCGGUGUCUUGUGUGGAAAGGUUAUUCCCAACAAUGCCAAUAUGAUUGUCCACAUGAGGACUCACUCCGGGGAAAAGCCCUACAAGUGUGACCAAUGCACAAAGUGCUUCAGUCGGACAAGCACCCUGAAGAUCCACAUGAGGACUCACUCCGGGGAGAAGCCCUACAAGUGUGACCAAUGCACGAAGCGCUUCAGUCAGACAAGCAACCUGAAGAUCCACAUGAGGACUCACUCCGGUGAGAAGCCCUACAAGUGUGACCAAUGCACAAAGUGCUUCAAUCGGAAAGACCACCUGAAGAUCCACAUGAUGACUCACUCCGGGGAGAAGCCCUACAAGUGUGACCAAUGCACGAAGUGCUUCAGUGAGAAAGGCACCCUGAAUAAACACAUGAGGAGUCACUCGGGGGAGAAGCCCUACAAGUGUGACCAAUGCACAAUGCGCUUCAGUCAUGGCCGCACCCUGAAGUUCCACAUGUCGACUCACACCGGCGAGAAGCCCUACAGGUGUGACCAAUGCACGAAGUGCUUCAGUCUGAAAGACCCCCUGAAGAUCCACAUGAUGACUCACUCCGGGGAGAAGCCCUACAAGUGUGACCAAUGCAAGAAGUGCUUCAGUCAGAAAGGCCACCUGAAGAGCCACCUGAGGACUCACUCUGGGGAGAAGCCCUACGUGUGUCUGCAGUGCAACGCCAGCUACAGCGGCCCAAGGAGUUUGCGUGUGCACAUGAGGACUCACUCUGGGGAGAAGCCCUACAAGUGUGACCAAUGCACGAAGUGCUUCAGUCAGAGAGGCACCCUGAAGCGCCACAUGUUGAUUCACACCCACAAGAAGCCCUACAGGUGUGACCAAUGCCCGAAGUGCUUCAGUCAUGGCCUCACCCUGAAGUUCCAUAUGUCGACUCACUCUGGGGAGAAGCCCUACAGGUGUGACCAAUGCAUGAAGUGCUUCAGUCUGAAAGGCACCCUGAAUAAACACGUAAAGACUCACUCUGGGGAGAAGCCCUACAGGUGUGACCAAUGCACAAAGCGCUUUCGAGACAAAUGCGACCUGAAGCUCCACCUGAGAACUCACUCCGGUGAGAAGCCCUACAAGUGUGACCAAUGCAUGAAGUGCUUCAGUCGGAAAGGCAACCUGAAGAUCCACAUGACGAUUCACUCCGAGGAGAAGCCCUACAAGUGUGACCAAUGCACGAAGUACUUCAGUCGGAAAUGCACCCUGAAGAUCCACAUGAGGCUUCACUCCGGGGAGAAGCCCUACAGGUGUGACCAAUGCAUGAAGUGCUUCAGUCAGACAAGCCAGCUGAAGAUCCACCUGAGGACUCACUCUGGGGAGAAGCCCUACAAUUUUGACCUAUGCACGAAGCGCUUCAGUAAUGGCUCCGCCCUGAAGAUCCACCUGAGGACUCACUCUGGGGAGAAGCCGUGCGUGUGUCUGCAGUGCAACGAAGACUGCGAUGCCUUUGGAGACCGUAGCACUCAGCGCAACGCCACCUCAGAGAGUCUGGGUGUGGACGCCCCUGGCUCCUCCCACAUGUCAAGUCACAACGAGGAACUGAAGAUUCUGAGCGUCUACGGAAAAGGGGAGGGCCCUUUGGCGACGGACGGCUAUGACACACUCUUCUCCGCGUCAGAAGUGGAGUCCCUGAAUUCGCUGUCUGCGGACCACAGCGCGGCCAAGAGCCUGGAGCGCGGCGAGCGGCUGGUCUGCCGCGAGGAGCUGAGUGUGCAGCAGACCCCAGACACCAUUUCAAUCAAGGUUGAAGAGGAUAUUGGUGGAGGCAUGCCCGCUGUAGCCUUUGGAGACCGUAGCACGCAGCGCGGCGCCACCUCGGAGAGUCUGGGUGUGGACGCCCCUGGCUCCUCCCACAUGUCCAGUCACAGCGGGGAGCUGCGGAUCCUGAGCGUCUACGGUAAAGGGGAGGGCCCACUGGCGGUGGACGGCCAUGAAACCCUCUUCACCGUGUCGGAAAUGGAGGCCCUGAACUCGCUGUCUGCGGACCACAGCGCGGCCAAGAGCCUGGAGCGCGGCGAGCGGCUGGUCUGCCACGAGGAGCUGCGUGUGCAGCAGACCCUGGACACCAUUUCAAUCAAGGUUGAAGAGGAUAUUGGUGGAGGCAUGCCCGCUGUAGAAGACUGUGAUGCCUUUGGAGACCGCAGCACGCAGCGCGGCUCCACCUCGGAGAGUCAGGGUGUGGACGCCCCUGGCUCCUCCCACAUGUCCAAUCACAGCGGGGAGCUGAAGAUCCUGAGCGUCUACGGUAAAGGGGAGGGCCCACUGGCGGUGGACGGCCAUGACACCCUCUUCACCGCGUCAGAAGUGGAGGCCCUGAACUCGCUGUCUGCGGACCACAGCGCGGCCAAGAGCCUGGAGCGCGGCGAGCGGCUGGUCUACCGUGAGGAUCUGAGUGUGCAGCCGGAGACCCCAGACACCAUUUCAAUCAAGGUUGAAGAGGAUAUUGGUGGAGGCAUGCCCGCCGUAGAAGAAGACAAUGACAUCAGAGACUGCAGCACGCAGCGCAGCGCCACCUCGGAGAGUGUGCGUGUUGACGCCCCUGGCUCCUCCCACAUGUCAAGUCACAGCGGGGAGCUGCGCAUCCUGAGCAUUAACGGAGAAGGGGAGGGCCCACUGGCGGUGGACGGCCAUGACACCCUCUUUGCCGUGUCAGAACUGGAGGCCUUGAGCUCGCUGUCCGCUGACCACAGCGUGGCCAAGAGCCUGAUCUGCAGCGUGAGGCUUGUCCACCUUGAGGAGCUGACUGGGCAUCAGGGCUUCCGCAAGGGCCGGGCCGAUGUCUUGUGUGGCAAGGUUAUUCCCAACAAUGCCAAUAUGAUCGUCCAAAUGAGGACUCACUCCGGCGAGAAGCCCUACAAGUGUGACCAAUGCACGAAGCGGUUCAGUCUGAAAGGCCGGCUGAAGCGCCACAUGAUGAUUCACUCCGGGGUGAAGCCCUACAAGUGUGACCAAUGCACGAAGUCUUUCUGUCAGAAAGACUACCUGAAUAGCCACAUGAGAACUCACUCCGGCGAGAAGCCCUACAAGUGUGACCAAUGCACAAAGCGCUUCAGUCGGACAAACAACCUGAAUAUCCACAUGAGUACUCACUCUGGGGAGAAGCCCUACAAGUGUGACCAAUGCACGAUGCGCUUCAGUCACAAAGGCACCCUGAAGAUCCACAUGAGGACUCACUCCGGUUAGAAGCCCUGCCUGUUAGUGCAUUGCAACGCCAGCUACAGAGACCCAAGCAAUUUGAGUGUGCACAUGCUCAAGCACACGGGCAAUGGGGGGCUUUCACAUAGGGGAACGGGGCGCUUUGAUUGAGACCUCUGUCCGGUAUGUGUCGAAAUUUCUGCUUUUAGUUUUUCUUUUCAUCAGGAUUAAACACUUUUCUGCUUUUGAUUCGCUUUGUUUUGCUCGGUUUUCAUUUUAGUAAUUUAUGUCUGUGUGAUAAAGAACUUAUUUCUCUGACUCUUCUAACAGUAAAAUAUUAGGAAACGUUCACAUCGUUGGUAAAUACAAAGGAAACAUGUGAGGGGAGUAUAGCACUAACCUCACUGAACAUACCCAGCUUUUCUUGGGGAAAACCUGGUUCGACAGAGACGCAACUCGCAGUCAGAGUUAAAUGGUUCCACGACACUCACUCUAGAUUAAAUUAGUCUAACCAGGUUUUCCGCUUUAGGUUCAAUGCGCGUUCACAGAAAAGGUGUGUUUAUCACGUCAUUUGACUCCCCCUUAUGCAAUGUGAAUCGUGCGUGUGUGGUGUAUUAUUAUGAAUUCCUACGAGGAAUUCAAGGUCCAAAUCACAGCCAAGGGGAACACGGUUGCCCAUAAUAUGGCUAGGGUAGCGUGCUGGCAAAAAAUAGCCGUCCGUGUUCAUUCGUAAGUGAAAAGAUUCUGCAUAUUGUCUAAAAAUAUCAUGUAUCAUCAUCAUGCCUUUUACCCCCAUAGAUGUGGUGCCAGCACGCUCCUACGAACAUGGGGCCAAGUCAAAAAUAAAUAUUAAAAUAAUAUUCAAUGUGCAAACAAAAAAAACAAAUUUAAUACGACUGGGAGGAGGACCGCUCCCCCGCCCUUCACCACUUCGGAGGAGCUGGCUCUCGCCUAUAACGAAGGUCGGCCGAUGAUGGUAGGAGUGGAAGGGGGGGCGUCCUCUGACCCCACUGCCUCGACUUCCAAGGCCUCUGUAAUGAGUACAAACAUUAGUUUGGAGGAGCUGCCGACAAUCAAUCUCCACUCUGAGGAGACUGUCGGCCGGUGACUCCAGGGCGACUAUGGAGGUGAUUUUUCUGAACAAUUCUCACAGCUAUAGUAUGAAUAAAAAAUGCCUAGGCCUAAUUGUGUCACUGACAUAGCGGUUAUGUGUAUGCGGAUGAUGGUGGAUGCUGCUGAUGGUGGAUGCUGCUGAUGGUGGAUGCUGCUGAAGGUGGAUGCUGCUGAAGGUGGAUGCUGCUGAUGGUGGAUGCUGAUGGCUGCUGCAGCAGGUCGCUGCUGCUUGAGGCGAUGGCUGCUUGAGCUGGCUGGUGCCGGAUAACACUGCUGCUGCAGGUCGCUGCUGCUUGAGGCGAUGGCUGCUUGAGCUGGCUGGUGGUGGCGAAGGAUGGUGGUGUCGCCUUCUGCUGCUAGUGGUGGCGGCUUGUGCUGGCGACGGCUGUUGGUGGUGAUGGUGGUGGUGGUGGCGGCGGCGACUGCUGCGAUUGUUGUC